AUGCCCGACAAGUCGGCUACGGUGGUGACGUACGCCGCCGGGGCGUCCCUCGCCGCCGCCGCCCUCAUCUACGUCUUUGGCCCGACCUUUGCCAUUGACCACGAUGGCACCAGCUCUAAGAAGAAGACCAUCGUUGGCCUGCGCAAUCAAGCCAAUGACUGCUUCAUCAACUCAGUCCUCCAGGCCCUCGCCGGCCUCAGCGACCUGCGAAUCUACCUCAUCCGCGAGACGCACCGUCGUAGCAUCGAGGACCCGGCCGUCUACGCGAACCUCGUCCAGCCCGGCCCCGACGAGGAUGGAAGCAACGGCGGUGGCGAGAUGCCACUCUGGAAGCUGCAGGGCCUGCAGGAUGGCCUCGUCACACACGGUCUCAAGGACAUACUUGACCACCUCAACGAACGACCCAUUGCGAAAAAGGCCAUCUCUCCCUUUCCUUUUGUCCGCGUCCUCGAAGUUGCCUUUAAGCAGCGCAUAAGCAGGCAACAGCAAGACGCUCAAGAGUUCCUGCAGAUUGUCGCCGAGCGGCUAAAAGACGAGUACCAUGCCGGCCAGAGGGCCCGGUUACACGCACGCUCCGCCGUCAGCCUUAGCGCCAGCAGUUCUUCGACGGGUCAAAGCGACAAUGAAAAGGAAGAGAAGCAGGCCGUUACAAACGGCGCAUCAGACGGAAAUACCCCAUCUGCCACAAGCGGGGCCAACGGCAACGAAAUCAACUCUCAAUCAACUUCAGACACCGAUAGCUUACUGCCAAACACAACCCCGUCACAAGUCACGCAGCCGCUGCCCCUCGAGCUGGAAGAUGGGUUCCCUAUGGAGGGAAAAUACGAAUCCCAUCUCGAGUGCCAAACAUGUGGCUACCAAACCAAACCGCGCGAAGAAACCUUUUGCACAAUAACACUUGCUGUGCCGCAGGUCAUGUCCACAUCUCUCAGCUCUUGCUUUGACGGCAUCUUUAAGACGGAAUACAUUGACGACUUCAAGUGUGAGAUGUGCCGUCUCGUACAGACUGUGGCCAAUCUUGAACAUGAGGUCUCGCGGUCCACCUCGGAAUCCUUCAAAGCCAACGCCCUCGACAGCAUCGCCAAGCUCAAGGAGGCCAUCCGCACAGACCCGGAAAAGCCUCCAGAGGGAGUCGAUCUCGGCGACCUUCGCUAUGCGCCCAAGCGCCGCAUCGCCAAGACGACGCGCAUGACGAUAUUCCCCAAGAUUCUCGCCAUUCACCUGUCGCGCUCCAUUUACGGUGUUGGCCAGAUGACGCAAAAGAACUCAGCCAAGGUAUCGUUCCCCGAGCAGCUGCCCCUAGGUGGCCUGGCCGACCAGCACCGAUACAAGCUCCUCGGCAUGGUCACGCACCGCGGCGGCCAUAACAGCGGCCACUACGAGGCAUUCAGGCGGCAGAAUGUCCCACCCCACUACCCCAACCAAAACACAUUUAUGCAGUCCGAGGUCUACAGCAGGACGCCCACGCCGCUCUCAACGCCCCUCGUCCAUGCCAAGAAUGUGGACAGCCCCGCCCUCUCAACACCGGACCUCCUUUCUCCCUCCUCCUCAACACCCUCCCUGAACUCAGUGCCCGCGCAAGCCCCGCGCAGCGUGCCCUCAUCUUUCGCCGCCGCCGUCACGCCAGAGAGGGGUAGCCCCGGCAGCAGCGGUCGCGAUCGUGACACCGACACUAGCAGCUUGCGCUCCGUCGCUGCCUCCACCAAGUCGGCGCUGUCGCGACUUGCCUCGGGCAAGCUCGACGGCGGCAGUAAGACGGCAUCGCCCAGCUUGCGACCGCAGUCGCAGGCGGCCGCCGCAGCCAGCUCGCUUGCCGGGAGCAUCAGGCGCGCAAAACCCAAGAGGGCCAAGCAGCUGGAUCGCUGGUGGCGGGUGAGCGACGAGAAGGUCCGGGAAGCCAAGACUGGGGAGGUCUUGAGUAUGCAGAAGGAGGUGUAUCUUUUGUUUUAUGAGUUGGAAAAGUAA